AUGAAUCCCCAUCAACAGAACAAGGUGGACAUCAGCUCCCUCAGCCCAGAGGAGCAGCGCUUGCUACGCCUCUACGGCAAGAUGCCCACUAAGAAAGACGUCCUCCAGAACAAGCUCAAGGAACGCAAAUACUUCGAUUCCGGCGACUACGCCCUCAGCAAAGCCGGCAAAGCCUCAGACGUAGGCGUCACCAACGUCGGCUCCCGCCACCCAGUCCCCGAAAACAUCCCCCACCUCACAGCGACCUCACCCAACUCCGGCGCCGCCGCCCAGGGCCAAAUCCCCGGCAGCAUCAGCGGACACCCAGGCUCAGUCGGCUUCCAGGGCCGCAGCCCCGUCAAGGAAAGCUACUUGCAUCGCGGCUCGAGCGUUUCCGAGGGCGAGGGCGAGGGUGCGGGCGCCGCCAAGGGCGAACAGGAACUGAGUGUUAGUCCGCCUGCUGCGAGGGAGGGCGUUCCUAUCCAGAGGUGA